UCCCGUCAGCCGCGCAUCGUGUCUGACUUUCUCUUUCUCUGCGGCGACCGCGUCUCCUCAGCAUUUAUCGAGRCUCGUCCCGCUGCUUCUGCUGCUUCUAUUUCAAAUCAAGCGAUUCGUGAGAAAAUAUUAAAGUGCUGGCUUGUUCUGUAACCUCAGCAGGGUCAAUGUAUAUAGACGCGUUCAAACGGAUCCUCUUUGAAAGGCUGAACUGCUUGAAGAGAAUGUGUGUGUGUCAGCGGCAUGGCAGCUCAUUUGCCAUGUCUAAGACAGCGGUGAAGAAGCUGCACUGGCGGUCCAAUGUGCAGGAUACCUUCAUCCCCUUGCUUGGCGCGUCUGGAGAGCUGGGGGUCGCGGUUGGUGGCGGAGCAGAUUAUGGAGAGUUUCCUUUCGUCACGUCGGCUCCCGGCGGCGGCCUCACAGUGGGAGACAUCAUCCUAGAGAUCGGGGGAACUCCGGUACUGGGGAUGACUUUAGGAGAUGUUCGAGGAGUCCUCAACUCCUGCCCCCAUCCUGUCCGUAUCAAAACUGUUUCACCAGGCUCCACAUUGUGCAAAGAUCUCAGGUUAUAUCUGAGUAAGUGCUUCACACCCGGCUCAGUGGACAGCCAGCUUCAGCAGGUCAUCAGAGAGAACCUCUACCUCCGAGCCGUACCCUGUACGACCAGGCAGCCCAGAGACGGGGAAAUCUCAGGGGUGGACUACAACUUUGUCUCCAUUGAGGAGUUUUUCUCCUUGGAGGAGUCUGGAGCGCUGCUCGAGAGUGGGAAAUUCAAAGGGAAUUACUACGGCACACCUCGUCCUGUUCACAUUGGUCCGGAGAGUCCCCCCAUCACCUACCAGGAACACCGUAACCUGCUCAGAAACUUCCGCACACGCAGCAAAUCCCUCAGCAACCUGGAAAAGGCUGCAGACGAAGGCAGAAACGGCGAGGACGACUUCGGUGGCUCUGCAGGAGUAAGCAUUCCUAUUGGCCACCGGUCCCCCGGUCGGCCCCGGGCAUCCAGCAGCGGAGGCGAGGGUCAUGGCAUAGAGAAUGGGAUCAUCGGCAGCAGAAGAGGUGCCAGAAUCAGAGGCAUGAUGCCCGAUCACUGGGAGCAGGCGUUCAGUGACCCUGGAGAAUCACUUUACAUCGGGCGCAGCCCGAGGAGGACCAGCUGGCUGGGCCCUCGUCCCUCAAGCAGAGAGACCAACUACAAAAAUGAAUGGUUCACGGACCUGCCUGAGGAUCUCAGGGGUUUCCCUGUCCAUGCACACUUGAUCAAGGGCUCCAGAGGGUUUGGUUUCAACAUAGUCGGAGGCAGCCGGCCAAGAGAGUUUCUCCAGGUCUACAGUGUGACGGCAAGUGGCCCCUCCACUCUUAAGACAGCGGACAUACUUGUGUACAUCAACGAUGCUUGUGUGUUGGGAAUGUCUCACAAAGAAGCGGUAGAGAUGCUCAAGUCAGUGCCUGUGGGCCACAGCAUAGACAUCGAGGUGAGAAGGGGGUAUCCAAUGCUCUACAACCCGGACGGUCGCCCCAAGCAGCCGUCGCCAAGGUUACUGAACGCCGAGGACCACCAUGUCGCACCUACCACCACCCAACCGCAACCUCUUCACCAGCUACCUCGCCUUUCAACUCCUUCACCUCAGAGCCAGCUCUUUAACGGCUACCACAGCGACAGAGGCUACGUGGAGCACGGCGUGACCCUGGAUGCCAACGGAAACGCCACGUCUUACGCGUCCAGACAGCCGCCGCCGUACAGGCGCUCCAGCGUGAGCAACGCUGCGCCGUUCUCCCCAGUGCGGCCUCCGCGGUCACACAGGAGCUUAGCCAGGCUGCAGUCGCUGGACCCGACGCUGGCCAGCCAGAGCGACAGUGAGGUUGUUUCUGCUGUUGGUUCACACAGAGCGUCAAUGAUACGAAAUCACAACAAUAACUCCCUUACGACACCGCAGCAUCAUUUACGUUAUGGAACGUCGAAGUCGUCCGAAAGUGACUUGUCCACCUGCACCAUGCCGGGGAGCAGGCUGCCGCUCCCUGAGUCGCCGCGGAGACCGUCGUCUUCCUCCGGCGGGCCCCGCAGCGCUCACUCCCACCUUUUCAGACCGCAGACCUCCCUUCUCAGACCACCGCCCAGCAGAGAAAGCCCCCACCACCACGGCGUCAACGGUUUCCAUGGCAACACCAGCCCCACUGCCAGCCCCAGCAGCGUUUCCUCUCCUGGCGCGAUGAGUGUGGGCAGCGUGUUCGGGGGAUUCACCGGAGGGGAACUCGUUCCAGUGGCCUUGGCCCAAACCGAAGGAGACAGGGGCCUCGGGUUCAGCCUGAUGGCUGGUGGUUCUGGAGGCAGGUUGGCCGUGGUGGAGAGAGUCUUUGACAGGAAGCAGUGCAACUCCCUGCAGCCAGGGGACGCUGUGGUCAAGAUCAAUGGAGCUGAUGUGCAAAGCCUCAGCCUCAUUCAGAUUCAGACAAUCCUGCAGGAACACACGAAACAGGGAGAAGUUAUUCUGCUGGUUUACAGAGGAGGCACCUAUCACUCAUCGGUUUCUCCCGGCUCGGUUCGGAGACUCCCUCCGCCUCUGCUGCGCCCCCCUCCUCCUCCCCUUGACGCGGACAAUUCGUCGUUGCUCCCAGAGGCGCUGCCCGUUCCCCGCAGCGCCACCAGCAACCCUCCCUCCCCGCUCCUCAGCAGCUCCUCUCUGAUCCAGAGCACCAGUUUCCUGGAGUCGAUUCCAGUGACCCUGACCAUGGAGCCCAAAGACUGGAUCGACAUCGGCCUGGAGGAUGAGGCCGGCGGCAGCGGCGGCGUGUCGGUGCCUGAAGCGAGCCUGGAGAAGCGGAAGGGCGAGCGGACGCGGCGCUUCAGAGGGUUCGACGUGGAACUGCGGAGAAAGCCCGGGGAGGGAUUCGGGUUUGUGAUUGCCUCUCAGGACUUGGAGAACGGACGAGCUAAUCAAAGAGCCAUGCUGGAGAGACUACAGUCUGCUUUGAAAACUGUAAAGGAGUCCAAACCUGCGUCCCUCCUUCCUCACCGCUUCGUCACGGUCCGGCGCGGCAGCCCGGCAGCGAAGAGCGGCCAGAUCCGGCCCGGAGACCGCCUGGAGGCCGUCGAGGGCCGCUCGGUGGUGACACUGCCUCACCGGGAGCUCGCUCAGAUUCUCCGCAGAGCCGGAAACACGCUGCGCCUCACCAUCGUGCCGCGGCCCAGCACCUACGCUUCAAACCACACAGAAACCGCCGACCACGACCACGGUCACAGGGGCAGGAAGGGUCAGAGGUCACGCCCAAAGCGUGACUCCAGGUAUUACAGCGUUGACCUGGACCGCGGACCGUCGGGCUUCGGCUUCAGCCUCCGAGGCGGCAGCGAGUACAACAUGGGGCUCUACGUCCUCGGGCUGAUGGAGGGCGGCCCCGCGUCACGCAGCCAGAAGAUACAGGUCAGCGACCAGCUGGUGGAGAUCAACGGGGACAGUACGACCGGGAUGACCCACAGCCAGGCCGUGGAGAUGAUCCGCCGCGGAGGCCACCGGAUCCACCUGGUGCUCAAGAGAGGCAACGGCUACGUGCCUGAUUACGCCCGUGAGCACAGAAUCACCUCCUCCUCCCUCCUGCACAACCCCAAAGAGCAGAGUCUGGCUGCAGUGAGCCCCACCGGACAGAGGGGGCGCCGCGCCAAGCAGACAAGGAGGAGCAGGUCGGUGGGAGAUGUGACGGGGAGCGGGACGGGGGCCAUCAGAGGAAGAACGAGAAGAAGGCGGGGCUCGGUAGGAGGAGGUCGCUUACGGAGCCCCGUCUCUGAGCGCGGGGACGGGGAGAGGAGGAAGAGGAGGCCUCAGAGUUUACCAAGAAACGUAAUCAGGAAACAUGACGACAAAGAGGCAGGAAGGGAAAGAAGAAGAGAGAAGGAAAGAGGGAGGAGCAGACAGAGAGAGAGGAAAAGCAGGAGUUUGGACAGGGGGAGGAUGAGGGAGGAGGAAAAAGAGGAGGAGGAAGGACCUGCUGCUGAGGAGGAACCAGAGCGAAGAGCGGACUCAGUAGAAAGUGAAGACGACGAUGUUUUCCUACCCAUUCCAGUCCCGAUCCACAGACUCCCCAGACCGAAGGAAAACCGGGAAGACGAAACCGAUGAAAACUGGAACAUGGUGGCAGAAUACCGGGGCCUGAGGAGGGACGAGGAGGAGGAGGAGGAGGAAGAGGACGACGACUGUGGCGCAGAGUCGGCCAUCUCUGAUCGGCCCUUACCAGGAGUCACUGUGGUGGGUCCGGAGUCGCGCAGAGAGCCGUUCUCCUUCCUCGCCUCCACGCUGUCCCAGGACCAGCUGGGCGACGCCUCGUCGGAGUCUGGAGACAGCCAAUCAGACUCCAGCGUCUCCGCCGCCAGCAUUUCAGGGCUCUCGCUGGCCGCCGCCGCGCUGCCCGGCCCGUGGCUCGUCCCGGGUCAGCAGAGGCUGGUUCAGUUUGAGGAUGAGCAACACGGGCGGGACAGGAGAAGAAGAAGAAGCAGCAGCGCCGCUGUUCCCUGACUGUUAACGAGAGAUAAAACACGCAGCAUUUAAACGACGCAGCAUCAGAUCCUGACCCAUCUCCUCCUGACCAACCGUCACUUUGAACCUGCAGCUCAUGUUCUUUGUGCCUUUCUGCAGCUCAUCUCUGGACCACAUUUCGGUUUGAGCCUCCACCAAAUGUUGCAAACAUUUUUCCAGAACGCUGCUGCACAUUUCAACCUACCUUCAGUUACUGACCCACCCUGCAAAAACUCUAAAUAUUACCAAGUGUUUCUAGUUUCUAGUGCCAAGUGUCCUGGUGCUCAUGAAAUAGUAGCUUGUCUCUAUCGAACGUAGUGCAAUAAAAGAAUAAACAGAGUUAUUUCUUACGGUAAUAUUGAUUUACAAGAAAAUUCUACUUUCACUAAUAGAUUAUUUCUAUGGAAGAAGAAUAAGAAAAAAAAUCUGAAUUCAGAUUUUUAAAAAAAUCUAAAUUCUAAGAAAGAAAAUCUGAAUUCUGA